CUGACCGCGCCACGACGACUGACUGCUAUUGUAGAGCUUGCAUCUCCUACACAUCCGCACUCUUCACAAACAUGUCGGCGACACAAGCGUCCAAGGCCGUGCCGGUCGAGACGCAACAUGAGGACAUGAUCGUGAGUGACGGCACCGUGAACCGCCGUACUGACCGCCAGCACGAUGCCCAGCUCGACUACUACGGCAAGCGCCUGGCCACUGCGUCGUCCGACAAGACGGUGCGCAUCUUCAACGUGGUCAAGGGCGAGGCUAAGGGCGACCCGAUCGUGCUCAAGGGCCACACUGCGCCCGUCUGGCAGGUGUCCUGGGCGCACCCCUCGUUCGGAUCCAUCCUCGCCUCGUGCUCGUACGACGGCCGCGUCUUCAUCUGGAAGGAGGUCGGCCCCGGGCACGGCAAGGGCUCUGGCGGCGAGAUCCAGGACGGCUGGGAGCGGAUCAAGGAGCACACGCUGCACUCGGCGAGUGUCAACUCGAUCGCCUGGGCGCCUUAUGACCUCGGACCGAUCCUCGCCUGCGCCUCGAGCGACGGCAAGAUCUCCGUCCUUAGCUUCCAGAACGACGGAUCCACCGACGCUGUCAUCUUCCCCGCUCACGGCUCGGGCGCCAACGCCGUCUCGUGGGCACCAUCAGUUCUGAGCGCACCUGGACAGAAGGGUGCCGCCACGUCCGGACAGGUCGAGUCGCAGAAGCGCAUCGUCUCCGGCGGUUCGGACAACGCCAUCCGCGUCUGGGGCUACGACGAGGCUGCCAAGAAGUGGUCAGAGGAGGAGGAGAUCAAGGGCCACGAGAACUGGGUCCGCGACGUCUCGUGGGCACCAAACAUCGGCCUUCCUGGCAUGUACAUUGCGUCUGCGUCGCAGGACCGCACCGUCCUCAUCCACACCCGCUCCUCACCCACGUCGCCCUGGCAGUCGACGCCUCUCAAGCCCCAGGCACCCCAGUCCGACGACCCACACUUCCCCGACGCCGUCUGGCGCGUCUCCUGGUCCAUUGCUGGCAACAUUCUGGCCGUGUCGUGCGGUGACGGCAAGGUCAGCUUGUGGAAGGAGGGCGUUGGAAAGGGUUGGGAGUGCGUGAGCGACUUUUCGAGCUAGGCGGCAGUGGUCACGAUGCAUGAUGAAUACAACGACUAGUGGUGAUGUAGGGGAUCGUGGUGUAGGGGCUUGUUUGACAUUAACAGAGGAUAGUUGUGUUGCUGUAACAAGAGGUAGUUGUGUUGCUGGGUAUUUGUACAAGUGUGAUGGGGGCAUGUGUAUGGGGCCCAUGUGCGAGCCUUGUUUACCACUCGGUCACAAAGGUGUCGGCCUUCUGCGCAAGAGCAGUCCACGGAGUCGACGAGGUGCCGUUGAGGACGAGCACAAACGACGAGACGUGUGGUGGGCGGACGACGGGCAUGCCAGUCUCCGGGGCGCGCUCAGCGUCAGGUAGGGGGAUGGGGCGGAGGAAGAGCCGUCCGAGCUCGCACUCGACGCGCGGCGACUCGUCCUCCUCCCAUUGGGACGCAAGGCCGAGGAGGAGGCGCAGGCGCUCGGGUCCCUCGAGCCAUGGCUCUUCGGUGUCGUCCUCCGUGUCACCGUCUGCAGCGUCCCCGUUCGCCUCGGCGUCGGUGAACUCGGCGUCCUCCUCCUCCUCCUCCGCGCCUUCGUCGCCGUCGUCGUCGUACGACAGCGUGACGUGACUCAAUAGCUGGCCCUGCGGCGUGAUGAGCAGGGCGGUGUGGGGGCCGGCGCCGGCGUCAUUGUCGAGCAGACUUGUGAGGAGGUCGUUUAUGCGUGCUGGGGAGAUGAGCACCAUUGUGCUGGUGCUUGCGUGUUGCGAGUCGUGAUG